CAUUAGGUCAUUAUAAGCGGUAAAUCUGGCGACCACACCAAUGUGACCGUUUGCUGUGUUUAAAAUACUUGAAAACAAAUGGAGACACCGCGCCGAAAGCUGCGCGACCUGCACCUGAAGAAUGUACAGAACAGCAGCACCUCCAUUUGCAUACCGCCGUCACCGAUGCUGAAGACGCUGCUGGGCCAUGGCACCGGCGUCAGCGUUUAUCGUUUGGACCGUUCGCCGCGCCAAGGACAGAUCCGCUCGCCGUGGGCGGUUAAGCGGAUCACCCAGAAUCCCCGGAUCAGGAAGGAUCCUCUGUUCAACAAGCGGAUUGUCUACGAGGCCGAGAUCCUGCGAAAGCUGCAGCAUCCAAAUAUCGUUGGAUUCCGUGGCGUGGUCUCCACCGCCGAGGGCGUGGACACAUUAGCUCUGGAACUAUGCACCACAUCGCUGGGCUCCAUUCUCGAGGAGCGUCACGAUGAGGAUCUGGGGCCGCUGCCGCCAAAGAACACACUGAAAAUAAUCAUGGACAUAGCCAUGGCCUUGGAUUUCCUGCACAAUGAGGCCCGCCUGUUGCACGGUGACCUCAAGUCCUUCAAUGUUCUGGUCAAGGGAGAAUUUGAGAUAUGCAAGCUCUGCGAUUUCGGUGUAUCUCUGCCGCUAGACGAGAACGGCGAGGUGAAUAUGGACAAGAAUCCCGAGCUUAACUAUGUGGGAACUAGGCUUUGGUCUGCACCGGAGGUCAUUGACGAGGUGGGUAUAAUUGACAGCAAAGCGGAUAUCUUCAGCUUUGGCCUGGUUAUAUACGAAACCCUGGCAUUGGUGCCGCCACAUACCCUAGAACUGGAUGCAGCGCUGGGCGAGGAGCUGGAGAAUUCCCACAACUUGACCGAUGAUCACGACAAGCUGCAGGGCAAGCAGCUUAAUUAUUCCGACACCGAGAUGCCAGAGGAGCAAUCAGAAGAAGAUGCUGAUGACGAGUCUGAUGUCUCUGACUUUUCACUGAACAAUCUACAAUCUGCUUAUGGCACGCGACCGCCUCUACCCGUGGCCUUCCAGCUCAGCGACGACUAUAAUUGCAUCGUGGAGCUGUUCUAUCUGUGCACAAAUGCUCUCAGCGAGGAUCGACCCGCGGCCAAGACCAUUUGGCAGUGCCUCGAGAAUAAUACGGCAAAUGUCUCCACUGCUGACUGAGUGAUUUGUAUGUAAGUCGUCGUGAUUUUAAACACAACAGAAGCUUCCUCAAAAUAUUUACAUUUCCUUUUUUUUUUAAUGCCAAAUUAGGCACUUUAUAAGUUAAAUUUAAAUGUACAUAACGAAAGUCAAAGGAGAGUGGCAAGAAAUUAAGAAAUAUCUCUGGCUGAAAGGGAAGUAAAAAGUAGAGCAAACAAGAUUUAUCAUGUCAUGUGGCAUUGUUUAUCCAGUUAAAUCUUGUAAUUUGAAUUCCGUUUAAAUAAACUACGAAAUGAGCUUUGACCUUGAUUAAACUAAGUAUGAAAACUAA